CUCUUGUGCAUGCCCCUGUUUACCCGACACUUCGCCCAACCCACGCCACCCCACACCUCGCUUCUCCUUCUCCUUCUCUUUCUCUCGCACGUAUACACACACGCGCGCGCAUAAGCAUUGAACCGAAAACCAUUACAGCGAAAAAUUACAAAGAACACGGCCUGCCGGCUGGAAGCGGUACACGGAUCACAAUUUUUGUUAUUUUGGGAAUCAUUGUAUCUGUAAAUAAUGAACGCUAAAGGGUGGUCCGUGUUUUAUAAAUUCAAGGAUCAGAGAAUAAUAUAACUUAAUUGGUGAUGGAUUUAGUGUAAAUAUUCAAAGCAUAUACCUCUUUUCAUGGUGAAGAAUACUUAUCUACUUGUUGUGUUUAUAGCCUGAGAUGCGGGGUUCUUCAUGAAUUUUAUCAGAACUGCGGAUUAAGGGGAUGCGUGUGAAUGAAUGUAAGCAUUGUUAUAAUUAGGCCAUGGAAAUGGAUGUGAAGGAAAAUGCUGAUAUGCCAGAAGAGUGGCCAAGGCCUGCGUCACCAAUUGAGGUGGUACAGCAUCUCUCUGAAGAGGCAGUGAGAGCAUCAAGUGCGGCAUUGCGUAAUGUUUCAGGUUGUACGAACUCGAAUGCUCUGCCGCCCUUGAUGCCUGGGCAUAGGCGUGCCCAUAGUGAAGUAGUGACAUCGUUUUAUGGGCGUAAUGCUAGCUGUAGUAAUUUUCAGAAAUGGAAGUCUCAGAUGCAAAGGGCUUUACAUUGGGGUAACUGCAGUUCUCGUGAUAGCGAGCAUUUUUCUUUUGAUCCAGAAAUUCUGGCAAAUCAGAAACGGCAGUGGUAUCAGCUUCAUUCCAAAACCUUGGACCUUGAGAAAUAUAAGGAGCCCACCUCACUUUUUGAACACUUCAUCAUUGCUGGGCUUCAACCAGAUGCCAAUCUUGAGGCAGUUGAGGAUGCAUUUGUCAAGAAGAAGAAAUGGGAGCAGGAAAUGGCAAGAACUGAAAUGCUUGAUUUCAAUAUGCUGCAGUAUAGACGACCUACACUUCCAAUAUUGGAACCUCAGGUACUCUUUAAGUAUCCCCCAGGAGAGAAGCUGGCUUUGCGCCCUAAGGAUUUGGCAGCGUUUUGCUUUCCUGGAGGUGUUAAGGCACGCAUACCGGAAAGGACGCCAUCAUUAAGUGACUUGAAUGAGCUUGUCUAUGGACAGGAGCACUUAUCUCGAGAUGAUUUAUCGUUUAUAUUUUCGCUUAAGGUGGCAGACAACGCAACACUUUAUGGUGUUUGCUUGCACGUACAAGAAUUUGUUCAGAGACCACCUGCUGGUUCUGGAGUUUCAUCGCCCCUUUCCCAAUCACUUGUUGGCUGCAGUCGGUUUUUGGCUUCUGCAGCUCGCUGUUAUUGUAUCUUAACAAGAGUGCCUUUCUUUGAGUUACACUAUGAGAUAUUGAACAGCAUCAUUGCGCAGGAGCGUCUGAAUCGGAUAACACAGUUUGUAACAGAAAUGUCUCUUUCCGAUCAUGUACCUUCACCAUCUGGAACUAGUGACUCCCCUUGUAUGGAAAAUGACACAGACUGGAUGGCUUCAGCAAUACCUGUUGACAGCGCAAUGGUCCUUACUGCUGCUGCAGCAGGUAUUAUAGCAGAUGACAAGGUCCCAUCAUCAAGAUGGGAGAUAGGUUCUUCUGGCAGUGGUACUGCCAGUGGGACAUUAGAUCAAGGUGAAGUGAGAGACUUGGAUAAGGAUGACGGAAAAAAUAUGCAUUAUUUUGGGGAUUGUACCCCUGAUUCCUUAGAAAAUCAGUUUGUAGAAGGGAUAUACAAAGUUGAUGACAAUGGCCACCCUCCACAGGCUGGGCCCGAUGUCUGCCCAAGGAACCACACAUUGGAGCGUCUCGGAAGUUUUGAGUCCAUAUUCAGUUCAGCUAGAUCUAUUGCGUCAGAGGAUGAUGAUGAUGAAAUCUACUUUAACCGCGAUAAAGAUUUGGGGGAUAAGAUUAUAUUGGAAUGGGCAAGGGAGAAUAAAAAUGAUUUACUACAGAUAAUUUGUGGUUAUCAUUCUAUGAAUCUUCCACCGAGGGGAAGCGUAAUUAUUUAUCAGCCACUGGAGCAUCUACAGGCCAUUGAGUAUCAACGACCUCCAAUUUCUGGCCUCGGAGUGGAUGAGAAGUAUCUAGAUCUCAAUCUUGAAGAUUCCAAGGAAGCUGCUGAGGUCAAGCUAAAACUGGCAACGGCUGAGGAAGCUGUUUCACUCGCUAUAUGGACAAUCGCUACAACAUGUCGAGUUCUUUCCCUUGAAACUGUUUUGGCAUUGGUUACUGGUGUGUUAUUGGAAAAACAAGUGGUCGUGUUGUGCCCAAAUCUAGGCAUUCUAUCAGCUAUAGUGUUGUCUCUUAUCCCCAUCAUUCGUCCAUUUGAAUGGCAAAGUUUAUUUCUUCCAAUUCUGCCAGGGAAGAUGCUUGAUUUUCUUGACGCUCCUGUUCCUUUCAUUAUUGGCAUACAGCAUAAACUAGUUGACCUGAAGAUGAAAACUUCUAAUCUGGUUCAUGUUAAUGUGGUUAAAGACCAGGUGAAAACAUGUAACCUGCCUCAACUUCCUCAACGUAAAGAGCUUAUUUCUGAAAUUGGCCCAAUCCACAGUACAUUAUCAAGUGAAGACUUUAUUCCUCAGAGGCUUCCAGUAUAUAAAUGCAACGAAGUACAGGCAGAAGCUGCUGCAAAAUUUCUAACUGUGAUGAGACGGUACUUGGAGUCUCUUUGUUCAAAUUUGAGGUCGCAUACAAUUACUAGUGUACAAUCCAACAGUGACAGGGUUUCCUUACUUCUCAAGGAUAGUUUUAUCGAUUCCUUUCCUAACAAGGACCGGCCUUUUGUUAAGCUAUUUGUGGACACACAGCUAUUUACAGUUUUGUCAGAUUCUCGGCUUUCAAGCUAUGAGAAUGAGUAUAAACACAACACAAGCUCAGAAUGUCAAGUUCAGGAUGCAAGGCACUGUGAGCAAAAUAAUGGCGAAUGAAAUCACCAUUUCAAGUUAGCCGAGCAAAGUUCCAUUUCAACGUUAUGUCCCAUAGCUUAGGAUGCAUUUUUAGGUGGAUUUAUGCAUAUAAGCAAAGCUACACACAUCUUAUGGCACACAGUCCACCAUAUAAGAACCAGAUAUGUGUUGUUCUUUUCCUUUUUUCUUUUUGGGUAAGGUGGGGUGGCACUCAACAAGGAUCUCCGUCUCCCUUCAAAUACUACAUAAAGACACUGGCAAGACUGCAACUUUCUUAAACAUAAAUAUGUCUAAAUUUUGAUGUGCAAUUUCUCAUAUUUAGUUAAGUUAUUAGACAUUUCUGAAGUAGCAUUUCGUUAAGUUGAGUCUGUACAUAUAUUGUCUACAAAUCUCGAGCAGAUGGUUGAUAUCUAUUCAGUAAACUCUUUACCAUUAACUAUGCCCAUGUAAUCUGAAGUAAAGAGUAUGGUUUGAUUUU